AUGCAGCAGAAGACGUCCUGUCCAGGUACUGCGCAAGUACUCGGCGUAUAUCAGACGGCCGUUGCAAGAUGCGAUGCUGGUAAAACGGACGAUGAUGUCAACCAUGGAGGUUUUGGAGGGCCAGGCGGUGGCCAGGUACCGCUACCUCGGCUCUCUCCUAUUAAUGCGUGGUGCACAAGUAGUGGUACCUCCAGCCUGGCCGCGGAGCUUGGCGGGCCUCCUCCUCCUUCGACUUUCACAACGCGGCGUCGUUUCGCCCUUCACAGCAACGUCAACUCGCCGUCCGUCGAUAACAAAGCAGAUGUGCUUGGUCUCGAGGAGGAAUCCAGCUGCUUCUCCUACUCCGGUCUCUGGCAGCUCUGGCAGGGCUCGUCUGACGCCAACCCCGGUCAUAUUCGCCCACCCACCAGCCUUGUCUUACCAGGCUACGGAUCCGUCUUACAAUUCAGUUAUCGGGAUAGAUAUCUCUGCUGGAGUGAAUCUGCACUCUUCCUCGACGAGAAUAUAGCAGCGAAUGCCGCUCUGUCGCUCAUGGAGAACCAUGGUGAUCCCACACCCGCCACGGCCUCCCCGAACGGCCUGAGGAAGGUAUUCACAAUGCAGAAUCGCAGCCGGACAGCACUGGCAAAGCCGGACACCCCCGAAACCGACCAGAGGAACAGGAGUUCGACCAUUGACUCGAAAUCGGAGGAUUCACGGCCGACCACGAGCAGUGCUGCCUCCGGACAUAGUGAUGCUCCCUCCGGGAUUUCGAAGCUGAUACCGGGGGCCAGACGACGCCACCGAAAGAAGGUCGAGUCUGCAACAUCUCUGAACAAAGACACGGAGCAGGUGGAAGGAUACGACUGGCAAGAGGGGGAAUCAAAGGCCUCCUUGCCCUCGGUAGAGAUAAACGGCCAACGCCGUAGAUCCAUGACAAACCCGGAGAGCAAUCAUGUCUCAGAUGGCUCAGAAUCCGAUAUCCACUCGACUGUGGGAAGUCGUAAUUCUCGCGGUGAUCCAACUGCAUCUACACCCGACCUUGGCGUAUAUAAAGACGAUCAUGAUAGCAAUAUCGGAGGACGCUCUAACACUACUUCGGAAAUCAGCUUGGACAGCUUUAAAGGCCCGUCUAGGAAUGCAACUGCAUUAGGGAUUGCUGCAGGCUCCAACUCAGGCAGGGGUUCAAUAAGCUCGUCGACUAGCCGAAAGCUGAAAGAAGCAUUUACCCACCGCAUAACGAACAAGAGCAAUGACACCAGUCCUGAUAGAAGUUCUGGGAAGCUGCCUGGGAACAAUGAUGGAAAUGCGUCUACUGAUGGAAUUGCAAGCCUUCCGUCAAGGAGGGCACCCCCGCCCUUACAGACUGCCCCCCAGCUGCCUCCCCCAAAUGCUCAAGCUCAACCUCCCCUUGAUGCUGGUCGUCAAAGAGCUGGAAAAAAUACCCCAUUGGACGAGGCUCCCAAGACGCCGCCCCCUUUGAGAAACCAACCCGAUAUCGUGACGACACUCACCCCUCCUACUCCGACAAACCACCGAUUCAACUCCCAGCACUUCCCCCUGACAGACAUCGUCAAUUCUCCGGAGUCCACUGAGAAUGACCCUUCCACAUCCAAUAUCGUUGUUAGUCCUUCCGGAAAUAUGAUAUCCCACCGUCGAGUACGGUCAGCAUCUGCGGCCCAUCAGCCAAGUAAACUAUCCAGCUCGACGGUUCCCCCGCUUACUCCAGCAAUAGAGGAGAACAAAUCCCAAGGGAGGACAUCAACCUCGCAGUUUGGAACCGGGUUCUUUUCGUCUAUGGUCUCUGCUGCCCAAAAUGCUGCCACCACGCUAAGUAGCAGCCUGAACCCCCAGGUUAAGAGCAGGAAUACUCCAGAUCAAACCGACGGGGAAAAGCGGGAGAACGUCGGCAAUGACGCACAAGAGACAUCCCGCGAGGGUGAUGAAAAUGCAGUCCCAGAAGACAGAAAAAAGGAGCCGGCAGUAAAUACUCUUGGUAAGGGAGACUUGGAUUUUAGCCAUCUCGGGCUAGAGCCACCUGAAAGCACUGCGGGAACCACUGCGGAUAAUAAUGAAGGUAAGAGGCUUGAUGUGGUGGCACGUCCUCGCGCGAAAACUGUCUCCCAGCGUGAUGAACUUUCAGCACGUAUGGAAGACGUACGAGCUGCCCGAGCUGUUUCAAUGGCUUAUGGAAAUGCCCCGCCAACCCCUAUCGUUACAGUUGAUGGCAUACACCCAGAGGCCCAGCCGCAGGCCCAACCCCAGAAUGCAUUAGGCUCUUUGAUACGAGAUAAUGCUGGCGAGAAUACCCCGCCCGGCGGCAGUGUUCAUAGUGAAAAUGCGGAAAGCCUUAAACAGAAUGGUAGUUUGAAAAGCCGUCGUGCUCGCAGGACCCGCGGGUCUUCUGCAGCAACUACCAAUACGCUAGGUGCUACAAACGGAGGUGCACUUGGAGCAAAUCUAGCAGCGAGGAAUACUAGCGUACCUCGCCUCACAGGCUUUGCGGUCGCCAGUAAGAAACGAAACCGUGAUUUCCAUCAAUUAUUCCGCAGCGUUCCAGAAGAUGACUACCUUAUUGAGGACUACAGUUGCGCGCUGCAGAGGGAAAUUAUUCUAGCUGGUCGACUAUAUAUCUCGGAAGGCCAUAUCUGUUUUUCCAGUAACAUAUUAGGCUGGGUGACAACCUUGGUAAUCGGCUUCGACGAGGUCAUUGCUAUAGAAAAAGAAUCAACUGCCAUGGUCUUCCCAAAUGCGAUUGCCAUUCAGUCCUUGCAUGCACGCCAUACCUUCCGGAGUUUACUCAGCCGAGAUGCAACUUACGACUUGAUAAUCAAUAUUUGGAAAAUUAACCAUCCAACGCUCAAAAGCUCGAUUAAUGGAACCCACAUCGACCAGGGGACUGGCGAUAAAACAGAGAAGGCGGAUGACGCUUACGAUGAGAGCGCCUCGAACUCAGAAGAUGACGAUGAAGUGUACGAUGAAGAUGAAGAUGGUGCUGCAAUCGACCCUGAUGGGAGCGUUGAUGAUAGUGUCGCUGGCAGUGAACAGCCAGAUCAAGCACAACGUCUGCCACGAAAGUCUUCUACUACCCCAUUAUCGGCUGCGGGAGCGACCCAGCCUACUGGUCCAACUGAUGAAGUGAAAUCAGGUGAAAAUGGAGCUAGCUCUAGCGCAGAGUUCCCUGGACCCAAAACUCAUGCACCUACGGAAUACAAUGACCCAUCUGGACGCUACGAGAAAUUGAUCAAAGAUGAAAUCAUCCCUGCCCCACUAGGCCAGGUGUACUCGUUGGUCUUCGGUGCUCCUUCUGGGGCAUUCAUGUCCAAAUUUUUGCUUGAGUUCCAGAAAGUGACCGAUCUUCAAUUUGAAGAUGAUAAAAAGGGCCUCACUAACGAUAACAAAACCCGAUCAUACAACUAUAUCAAACCGUUAAAUGGAGCGAUUGGACCCAAACAAACAAGAUGCAUUAGUUCGGAACAACUUGACCUCCUCGACUUUGACAAAGCUAUUCUUGUCACUCUCACGACCCAAACACCUGAUGUACCAAGCGGCAAUGUCUUCUCGGUGAAAACUAAAUAUCUCCUGACCUGGGCUCCCUCUAAUGCCACUAGACUAGUUAUGUCUUGCAAUGUAGAGUGGACUGGCAAGAGUUGGAUUAAAGGUCCAAUUGAAAAGGGCGCCAACGAUGGCCAACUGGGUUUCGGUAAUGAUCUGGUUAAGGCAGUCAGAGCCGCUGUUGCAGCUCGUGGCCCUGGAGUAAAAGGUGGCCCGAAAGGUAAAGGCAGGCGCAUCCGCAUGGCAGCCGAACUUGCAGUGGCUGCGAAGGAACAAGCUGCCCUCGAGGCCACGAAGUCCCAAGCUGCAAACCAAGGGAUUUUGUCGUCACUUUAUAGCCCGUUUGCUCCGAUAGUUGACCUGAUACAACCACUCUGGAGCAGCAACAUGACAAUCGGUGUUCUCUUGUUCCUGCUAGUUACCAUGUGGUUGCGUACUUCCGUUCUACCUCAUCGAGCCCCUGGAGUCGGGCUUUCGUCGCGCUCUGCCCCAGAGCGUCUGAUUGCGUUAGAGGAGCUCUGGCAGAGAGAGGAGAAUGAACUGUGGGACUGGCUAGAGGAGAGAGUAGGGCUAGACGGGCUCGCCUUUCCUGUUGUCGACGACGUCCAUUCCGGAACUGGCAAACAACGGCAAUCCAACCGUGGUCGUACCGAAAAAGAAUUUGAAAACCGGUUACAUCGGGAGAGAAUGUCGGAACGCGAGGCCGAAAAUGCCAUUCGAGUUACACAAGAACGCCUUGAGACCUUGCAGAGAGUUGUCGAGAAGCGGAAACAAAACCGCCAGGCUUCUCUAGAAGAUGAAACCCCUUCAUCCUAA